AUGUCAACCACACCAACAAACCCAGAUGAGGGUAAUCAGAAUCAAGGUCGGGAUCAAGAAGACCCUACCAUGACUCAAAUUCUCCGUCUUCUUCAGCUGCAAACCGCUGCUUUGAACCAGCAGCCCCAAGCUCCUCGAGUCGGAAGCUUUAAAGCUUUCCAAUCCCUCCACCCACCUGAAUUUAGGGGAACUACAGAUCCAAUUAAAGCGAAGUCCUGGAUAAAGGAAAUGGAAAAAGCUUUUGCUUUAACGGAGGUUGGUGAAAAUAAGAAAACAGAAUAUGCAAGUUUCUACCUGAAAGACGAGGCAAAUUUUUGGUGGGAGUCCACCAAGACCUUAGAAGGAAAUGGUAUUAUUACGUGGGAAAGGUUUACGGAGUUAUUUUUGGAAAAGUAUCUACCUCAAUACUUACAAGAUCAGUUGGAAGUUAAGUUUUUAGAAUUGAAACAGGAAGGUAUGACUGUGGCAGAAUAUGAGGCAAAGUUCUCAGAAUUGGCAAGGUUUGUGCCAGAAUAUGUGAAUACGGAACACAAAAAGGCAAAACGGUUUCAACAAGGACUUAAGUCAUGGAUACGUAGUCGAGUGGCAGUUUUUGAGCUUCAAACAUAUGCUGCAGUGGUUCAGAAGGCUAUGAUUGUGGAAGGUGAAAGUGAGAUGUCAAAAAGAGAGAACGAUAGUAAGAAAAGAAAAUUUGAAAAGUCUGAAGAAAGUCAAGGGCAAUCAAGUGGAAAGUCUAAAGGUAAAUUCAGGAAAGGUUCUGACAACCCAACCAAUAAAGGAUUUCAAGGAUCCAAGCCCGGAAAUGUUGGACAGAGUAACCGUUUCUCCGGUCAGAAUCAGCAACAGAAAGGUAAUAGACCACCGGCCCCAGAAUGUAAGACUUGUGGGAGGAAGCAUUCUGGAAUCUGUAACAAGCCUAACAUCACAUGCUUCAAAUGUAACAAGAAGGGUCAUUAUUCUUCAGAAUGUACUAGUUCUUCAGGCAAGAAGGGCGUGACAUGUUUUAAGUGUGGCAAGUUGGGCCAUAUGGCAAGAGAUUGCAAGGAGCCUGUUCAACAAGCAAAUGUUCUGAGGAUAGCUGGAUCACCAACACCGACACCUCCAGUACAACCAAGAGCCAGAACUUUUAAUAUGACGAUGAAAGAUGCUGUUCAGGACUCAGAUGUGGUUGCAGUUGUGACAUAG